UUCAUACCGGAAGAGUUACCUUUCUCCUGACACGUAGCAACCACAACCGAGCUGGCAGUGCUCUGAGGAGAUUUGUCAGACAUCACUGAGUGAGAGAUGGCAGGGUUUGACAAUUUCAACGCAGACUUUUACCAGUCCAGUUACAGUGUUGAUGACCAAAACCAGGCCUACACCAACACUGAAAAUCCCUACAACAAGCAAUAUGGGGGGCAGUACGACUACUCCCAGCCCAUGGACUACACCGCGCCUGGGGUGAUGCAGCCCCAGCAGCCAUACACAGGACAAAUAUUCCAACCCACACAGACCUACACCCCAUCUCCGUCACAAUCCAUGUAUAGUAGCAGCUUUGAUGAUGAGCCGCCGCUGCUAGAAGAAUUAGGAAUCAACUUCGACCACAUCUGGCAGAAGACUCUGACGGUGCUCCAUCCAAUGAAAGCAGCAGACGGCAGCAUCAUGAAUGAGACAGACCUGGCUGGUCCCAUGGUCUUCUGUUUGGCCUUUGGAGCGACGCUGCUCCUGUCAGGUAAGAUCCAAUUUGGCUAUGUGUACGGCAUCAGUGCGAUUGGCUGCCUCGGCAUGUACUGCCUACUCAACCUGAUGAGUAUGACGGGUGUCUCCUUCGGCUGUGUGGCCAGCGUGCUGGGAUACUGCCUCCUACCCAUGAUCCUCCUCUCCAGCUUUGGAGUCAUCCUCUCUUUACAGGGCAUGGUGGGAAUUAUACUAACAGCAGCAAUCAUUGGCUGGUGCAGUUUGUCGGCCUCAAAGAUCUUCAUCUCGGCGUUGGCCAUGGAUGGGCAGCAGCUGUUGGUUGCUUACCCAUGCGCUCUCUUAUAUGGGGUCUUUGCACUCAUUUCUGUCUUCUAAAAAAAAAUCAUUGUGUAACAGUUUGAAAAACCGGCUCCCCCCCCAAACGGCACCAAGAUAUCUUUCUUUUCUUUUUUUCUAAGCCUCCACCUCUCACUACAUUCCGACUUGACCAUGUGCAGGCUGGAGUGUACAUCGUCUCACUUAUGUCUUCUCUCAUACACCUCAAAGGAGAGUACUGUCAAAUAAACUGAAAAAAAAACCCAACUCUUCUGUGGACCAUGUUGAGCCUUGAACAGACGGGUACAGCGAUUUUUAAGGGCAUGAUGGCUCAAGGAAGCUAGUAAUUAGUUCACACAGGGGAAACCAGAGGAGACAAUUUAAUUUGGACACCGGCAGGAGAAGGUUCGCAAUUACCAAGAUGGACUGAUAACCAACCCUGAUUUGAAGCUAGUGGAAACAUCAUGAUUUUUUGCAAGAGCUGUUUCAUGUGAGCCUCGUCUAUCAAACCCCCACAGAUUCUAAAGCUGCAAGACUAAGGGAAACGCCCACUUUCCUUCUUCACAAGACCACGGUAGCUAAUUAUACUUCACCACCCAGAAAAGGUGGAGUCUCCUCUUCUGUAUCUUAUUUUCUCCUGGACUGAGUGAGUCAUGAAUCUCAUUUGCUCAUCAAAGCAGUGAUCUGAUCUUUGAUGUAAAAUCAGCAGCUCCGCUAUUUCUUCUCAUGUAUUGUUUUUUAUUAUUUUUUCUAUUGAGAUUCAUUUUAGUUUCGAUACCUUUUCAAGGAGAAAACACAGUUUGCACAAAACCAAACCCAUUUGAUUAGGUAUUGAGACUUACAAUUCUGAGAUACUGUACAAACAUGUCUAUGUAGAUUAAUGCUAUAGUUCGCAUCCUUUACAUUUCUUAGAUCUUCUUUUGAGAGGCGAAUCACUCUGUAUGCUUUGAUGUUUCAUCUGAUCUUCAUGUCUUCUCAUGCACAUUAAAAUUGUCUUUGAAAUUGA